AUGCGUGGGACUGGACGUGAAACUCAACACGCGCCUCCCGAGAAUGCGCAACCCAGGUUGCGUCGCAGCAGGAAAAAAAGCGGCAGCGUAAUUAGGAGCGAGGAGUUAAGCAAUCAGUUUGUGAGAGGAGCACCUAUCAGCGCAGCGCGGGGCGGGGCGGGAGCCCGACGGGCGGAUGACGAACCUGCGCGCGGUGGGGCAGCGCGUGCUAUCUCAGCGCGCGAUGCGGAGGCGGCGGUGCUGACGGCACUGAGGGAGGGGUACCGCCACAUCGACACCGCCCAGCUGCACCGCAACGAAGCUGCCGUUGGCAGGGCGGUGAGGGCGAGUGGGCUGGCGCGCGAGAGUGUGUUUGUGACGACCAAGCUGUGGAACGCCGACAACGGCUACGAUGCCACGCUGCAGGCCUUCCACCGCUCGCUCACCGACCUGGGGCUCGACUUCGUGGACCUGUACCUGCUGCACUCGCCCAUGCGCGUGGACGCGCGCCUGGACUCGUGGCGGGCCAUGGAGGAUCUGCUGCGGGGGGGGCGAGUGCGCGCCAUCGGGGUGAGCAACUUCGGGCAGCACCAGCUGGAGGAGCUGUUUGAGCAGAGCACGGUGCGCCCCGCCGUCAACCAGCUCGAGCUGCACCCCUUUGGCACGCGGCGGCCCCUCGUGGACUUCUGCCUGCAGCACGGCAUGGCGUUGCAGGCCUACUCGCCGCUCACCAAGGGCACUCGCCUGCGCGACCCCACGCUCGUUGAGAUGGCAGCGCGAUACGUGAAGAGCACGGCGCAGCUCAUGGUGCGGUGGUGCCUGCAGAAGGGCUUCACCGUGCUGCCCCGCUCCGUCAACCCCGCCCACAUCGCCGCCAACACCCAGGUGUACGACUUCAACAUUUCUGACAUUGACAUGGCGAAGCUCGACUCACUUAAUGAGGAUUACGUUACGGGCUGGGACCCCACUCGGGGCCCGUGA